GCGGCAAGGUGAACUGUAUUUGUUGUAUGCUGUUUUUUCCUAAAUUUUUAACCCUGAAAUUGAAAAAGAGCAUAUUAUUUUAACAUGAAGAUUGCAAUAGAAGGCUGUGCUCAUGGAGCGCUUGAUAAAAUCUACGAGACGUUGUCUUUUCUUCAAGAAAAAGAAGGAAUCAAAGUUGAUCUUCUGCUGUGCUGCGGAGACUUUCAAGCAGUUCGAAAUCGACAAGAUCUACAAUGCAUGGCUGUUCCUCCAAAAUACCGYCAUAUUGAGUCUUUCUACAAGUAUUAUUCAGGAGAAAAAGUAGCACCAGUUUUAACUGUUUUUAUUGGCGGGAACCAUGAGGCAAGCAAUCACCUGUGGGARCUACCCCACGGGGGCUGGGUUGCACCAAAUAUUUACUAUCUAGGGUAUAGUGGGGUUGUUAAUUAUGGUGGCUUUCGAAUUGCUGGACUUUCUGGUAUCUACAAGUCACAUGACUAUCACAAGGGGCAUUUCGAAUCACCACCUUAUGACAAUGGCACUAUGCGAAGUGCUUAYCAUAUAAGGUCUUUUGAUGUCUUUAAGCUAAAACUACUAUCCAAGCCAUUGGACAUCRUCAUGUCACAUGACUGGCCACUUGGAGUGUAUCACMAUGGUGAUCUAGAUGAGCUUUUUAAGUUCAAAGAGUUCCUCAAAGAAGAAGUYGAGAGCAAUACUCUUGGAAGCCCUCCAGCUARAGAAAUACUGGACGUGUUACAACCAGCUUACUGGUUCUCUGCCCAUUUGCAUGUCAAAUUCCCAGCAUUAGUCCCACAUUCAUCAGAGAGUAAUGAAGUUAACUACACAAAGUUUCUUGCUCUUGAUAAGUGUCUGCCACGUCGUGAUUUUUUACAGGUAUUGGAYCUYGGACCUGCAAAAGGACCAGAGAAGCUUUGYUAUGACCCUGAGUGGCURGCYAUCACAAAACUAACAGAUUCAUUGGUGAAUAUAAGUCAUAAUCGCACAGUUUUACCAAUAACUGAGGAUGAAAUUGAAAGAUACAAGCCAAAUCAGGAAAUGCUAAAAGAAAUUCCUAAACUGUUCAACRRUGAUCUCUCAAUACCUUGUAAUUUUGUCCAAACUGURGAACCAUUUAAUCCUGAYCAGCCAAAGCAGAAUUUCUAUAAAACRUAUCAUUCUUUCAACCCUCAAACGCAACUGUUGUGUACCACGCUUGGUAUUGGGAACUCUUUUUUCAAUUUGGAAUUUCAAAGUCAGACUGAUGCUUGUAAUCCUGAUGAAAUYGAGCUAUGUGAUGAUGAUGGUGAUGCUGUUGAUUCAGGUUUAGCURCUAAGCAACACAAUCCAGAAGAGAUAGACAUAAAUAUUAGUGAUGAUGAUGAUGAUGAUAAUGAGAAAAUUACCGAAGCUGAGGGCAUUCAAGGGUUAUGCAAUCAAACUGAGAAACAAACUGAACUGCAAUUGCUUUCUGAUGGCACAGAAGCAAAACCAGACAAUCAUGAUGAUCAGAUGCUGGAACCAAAGAAAAAGGCGUUCAAACUMUGUAGAAGAAAUCAAGCUUUGUACACUAAUGAUGAUGAAAAUAAUGAUUAAUGUUAGGCAUUCAAUGUGUAUUUUAAUUAAUUUGGUAAAAUUGUUAUCGAGGUUGGUUUUACCACAACUCAAAAGUUUAAAUUUUGUUCAUUUUUUUUAUUAAUGACAAGAAUAUAGCUAAUGACUGCAAAUAAAUCUUUCUAUAUUUUUCGGGGGUUCCAAUUAGUCAUCCUCAUAAUUUUGCUUAAAAUCUCUAAGUUUAUAUUAUACACACUUUUAAUAAAAUAGAGAKAGAUGUAAAUUUGUAGGAUACUAGUUGUGUAUUGUAUGUUAUAAUUUGUUUUGUUAAAUAAAUAAAAAGAAGAGGAGAAAGA